AUGCUCACCUGGACCCUCGUGCUCUUCUUCUUCUGCAGCGCCGCCGCGACCCCCGGCCUGCGCUGUGAUUGGCUGGAACACUACGGUCACUAUAGCAACUGGACCCUCGUGCUCGUGGAGCAGCUGGGCGGGCCGAUGACUGAACAGGAGAGUCCAGUUUCCUUUCCUUAUCGCCUCUACGAGCAAAUGAGGAGCGCCAAGGUGGACGACAGGUUGCUGUUCAUCAGAGACAGUCUGGAUCUGAUCUCUGGUCUGUUUGAGCCGGCCGACCCGUCUGUCUCUCUCCCCCCCUGGCAGACAGACAGGAGCCAGGACUUCCUGCUGCUGCUGCACAGACAGACAGACGGCCUCAAGCCCUGCGUGGCUGAGAGGAAACGGGAGCGUCGGCUGAGACGAUACUACAGGAAACUACGAAAGACUCUGCAGAAGACGGGCGGGGCGGCUGUGUCCUGGGAGCUCAUCAGGAGAGAAACUAAAUCUCAUCUGCUGCAGUUGGACCUGCUGUUCGCCUCCAUCAGAGGAUCAGCUGCUGCCAGCAGGGGGCGCUCUGCAGCACACUGACCUGCUGCACACACAGCUGCUGCCAGCAGGGGGCGCUCUGCAGCACACUGACCUGCUGCCAGCAGGGGGCGCUCUGACUGGGAGAACGUGCAGCUCUUUUUAAUGAGCUCCUUUAUUUUGGAUUUUACUCAGGCAGGCACAGAGCCAAAGAUGAUGAUGUCAUUUCUACUAUUUAUUGAUUUUGUAAAAAAAUAUUUAUUUAUUUUCUAUUUAUGAACAACAUGCUGUUUUAUUUAUGUAUUUAUUUUCAUAUUAUUAUUAUCAUUAUUGUUAUUGUUAUUUAUUCUACGUGUUGUGUUUGUGUCUGGAUGCACUUGAAAACAUGAAGCUGUGUGAGGAACAUCACUUUGAUACUGAAAACAUGAAAACAAUAAAAAUGAUUGAU